GCUUAAUGCCGCCGACAGCGCAUUUCUCUCUUCCCAGGCCGCGGUGUGAGAAGCUGCGAUAGAUUGGAGGAGGGAGAUUUCGCUCGCGAUUUUCUUCUCUGAAUCGAUCACUCUCUUCGCCGGAAUCAAUCUCUCUUUCUUGGCGAUUUCCGCCGAUCGACUCGAUUUCGUUCUUGCUCUCUUGACAUUCCAUGGACAGAGUGAAGCAAAUGGUGAGGCGAUGGCAGAAGUUUUCAUGCGCGGGGAGUUUCUCGAGCGCGCCGGCGAUGGAGUCAGAAUGGAGGAAAGGAGGCGGCGAGGGCGACGCGGCGGCGCUGCUGCCCGAGGGAGGAGCGCUCACAGUGUACGUUGGGAGGGAGAGGCGGAGGUAUGUUCUUGGCGACGAAUACGUGAAUCAUCCUCUCUUCAAGUCCCUCCUCGCCAGGAAAUCCGCGCGCGAGGCCCUGGAUCGCGGCUCGUCGCCGGGGAAUCCCCCGGAUUUCUCCUCCAGCGCCGCCGCGCUCGAGCAAGAGAUGUGCAUUCCCUGCGAGGUCGUGCUGUUUGAGCAUUUGCUGUGGAUUCUCAGCAGCGACGACGCCGCGGAGAUCAGGGACUCGGCGGAGGAGCUUGUGGAUUUCUACGCGUGGGCAUGAUCAUCGCCCCCUGGAAAGUCACUUCGGCCCAUUUGUUCUUGGCAAGGAGAAAGGAGAAUAUUCCUCCCGCAAAUCCACAUUCCUGGAAUAUGCUUGUAACAAAGCAUCUGUUGAAUAUUCUAUUGGAGUAUGAACAUUCGUGGAA